AUGAAGACCUCCGCCGUCCUUGCUGGCACCAUGGCUGGCGCCGCCAUGGGCGCCAUUGCCCCCAAGAACGUCAUCUUCGUGGUCCCUGAUGGCCUGGCGCCUGCCUCGUCCACCAUUGCCCGUACCUACCUGGCCAUGGCCGAGGGCGAUGCCACGCCCAGCAACCCUGGUGCCAUGCCCAUGCUUCCCGUGGACGCUCUGGCCAUUGGCAACACCUUCACCCACUCCGCCAACAACCUGGUGACCGACUCUGCUGCCGCUGGCACUGCUCUGGCCACCGGCCACAAGACUGGCAACGGUAUCUUGGGCCUUCUCCUUGAUGGAAAACCUGUUGGCAGCAUCCUCGAGUCGGCCAAGCUCCACGGCUGGAAGACUGGUCUGGUCGUCACCUCGUCCAUCUCCCACGCGACCCCCGCCGCCUUCUCGUCGCACGUCCAGGACCGCAACAACUUCAACAGCAUUGCCGAGCAGCAGAUUGGUUUCAGCCACCCUCUCAACCAGAGCGUCGAUAUCAUGUUUGGUGGCGUUGCCCAGAACCGCUCCCAAUUUGACGACAUUGAGCUUGGCAAGGGUGAGAUCCGUCUGCCCAUCCUCGGUCUCUUCAACGACGCCGAUCUCCACUACGAGGCCGAUCGUAAGGAGCAGGAUGAGGAUGUGCGUGAGCCCUCUCUGUCUGAGAUGACGGGGACCGCCCUCAACGCUCUCCACCGCGCUACCCACUGCAAGGACAAGGGCUACUUCAUGAUGAUCGAGGCCUCGCGCAUCGACCACGCCAGCCAUGCCCACGACGCCAACGCCCACCUGUGGGAUGUGCUCGAGUACAACAAGGUCAUUGAGACUGUCACCCAUUGGAUUGACGAGCACCCCGACACCGCCAUGGUCUCAGUCGCCGACCACGAGACGGGCGGCAUCACCCUGCCCGGUGGCUGGGACCCCCGUGAGCUCAUCGGCUCCAGGCACAGCGCUGAGUUCCUCGCAGAGCAGUACGCUGUCUACGGAGGCGACGACAAGCACGCCUUUCUCCGCGACGAGAUUCUGGCCUCGUACGGUCUGGGUGACAUCUCUGACAGCGACUUGACCAAGCUCAAGUCGGGCGACGUCGGCGCCAACUUGGCCGAGUUCCUCUCUGCCCGUGCCGGCAUCAAGUGGUCCACCGGCGGCCACACUGGUGUGGACACCACCCUAUACGCCUACGCUGCGGGCGAGAUGGGCGAGCAGCUCAAGAUUGACCUCGCUGGUGCCCACGACAACACGGAUAUCCCCAAGUACCUCGAGGAGGCCAUGGGCUUGGACCUCGAUGAGGUGACCGAGCUCCUCCGCGAGAACUGGUAG